GCUGUCUGUUAGACUCAUGUGGAGCAGAGAGUCCAUAGUCCUCUGAAAAGGAGAGAGCUAUCCAAUACCUUUCACUUUGAAAUUGUAUCUCAGCCCUUCAACUUGAGCACUAUGGAUUUGACCUCAGGAAUAGAGAAGAUGUGUGUGGGGCAGCAGCCAGUGGCGAGGGGCGCGACGUGUCUGUCAUGUAAAGGGAUCUGCUCUGGAUUCAUCCCACAUUCCUGGAGGAAAGUGUGCACAGUGUGUGGUUGCAGUGUGGAGGACCACGGCUCCAGCUGUGACAUAGACGAUGACCACAAGAUUGGCCGACUCCUGGCCGACUCCAAAUAUGCCCACCUGACCGCCAAGGUGAAGGGCAUCCGGGUGUACAAACGUAACCGCAUGGUCGUCACCAACUCUGUCGUCUCAAAGAAGGACCCCACCUUCAACACCAUCACCUACGACUGGGCCCCGCCAGGACUCACACAGAAACUGGCCAUGCUGUACAUGGCGUUGGUCCCGGAGGAGAAGCGUCCAGUAGCAGGGACGGAGGGAGCGAUGUACCGGCGCAGGCAGUUGAUGAGACAGCUACCUGUCUACGAUCAGGACCCCUCCCUGUGCCACGGGUCUCUGUCAGAGGACCAGCUCCAGGCCAUGUCUGUCUUUAUGAAGCGCUACAAAGAGGAGGCUCUAGGAGUAGGGGAGGUGGCGCUGCCUGGGGAGGGAGGCGCUAACCCUCCGCCCGUCAUCAAAGGACAGAAGAACGGGGCUGUGAACGGGGGACCUAGGAAGGCCCCCAUUAUCCAGUCAGACCCUAACACGACCACCACCAACGGGACAAACAACCACUAUAAGAAGAGUAAAUAUCAUUGCAGUGGUUGCGGGGAGCUCACCCCCGUGGACAGUCCUGUGGUGUAUGCAGAGGGGGCAGGCUACGACAAGCAGUGGCACCCAACCUGCUUUGUGUGUUCAGAGUGUGGGGAGGCUCUGGUUGAUCUGGUAUACUUCUGGAAGGAAGGAGAGCUGCUGUGUGGAAGACACUACUGCCAGAGGACCAGACCCCGUUGUGCAGGCUGUGAUGAGCUGAUCUUCUGUGAGGACUACAAGAAGGGAAUAGACAGUCGGGCGUGGCACCAGGACCAUUACUGCUGCUGGCGGUGUGGACAGAGUCUGGACAGCCCCUGUUCCUGCCCCCAAACACCCUGCACCAGCCCUGUUUAGGUCCCCUGGACCUAAAAAUGUAAUUAUAAAUUAUACAUGCAAUAAUUAUUCUAAAAUGUAAUAACAGUGUAAUAAUAGUAAAGCUGAUUUAAAAAAAAAAGUUAAAUUAGUUCAAUGCCUUGUUAUCUUGUUAGAUUAUAGAGAAUAAAUAAAGAUAAUUUGUUUGUUUUUAAAAUGGCCGUUAAUUUGUGCUCUUAUGCUAACAAUUAGACCAUUUCUGCCUUGUUGAAGUUGAUGAUUCUGUUCAUUUUAAUCUAAUUUAAGUAGUUAUCCAUUUUGUUUGUCUAGUUAGUAGUUAAUGUACAGUUAACGAUUUUGUUUGUCUAGUUCGUAGUUAAUGUACAGUUAACGAUUUUGUUUGUCUAGUUCGUAGUUAAUGUACAGUUAACGAUUUUGUUUGUCUAGUUCGUAGUUAAUGUACAGUUAACGAUUUUGUUUGUCUAGUUCGUAGUUAAUGUACAGUUAACGAUUUUGUUUGUCUAGUUCGUAGUUAAUGUACAGUUAACGAUUUUGUUUGUCUAGUUCGUAGUUAAUGUACAGUUAACGAUUUUGUUUGUCUAGUUACUAAUUUAAUGAUUUUGUUUGUCUAGUUACUAAUUUAACGAUUUUGUUUGUCUAGUUUACAUUUGCAUUUACAUUUAAGUCAUUUAGCAGACGCUCUUAUCCAGAGCGACUUACAAAUUAGUUAGUAGUUAAUGUACGGUUAUCCAUUUUGUUUGUCUAGUUCGUAGUUAAUGUCCGGUUAUCCAUUUUGUUUGUCUAGUUAGUAGUUAAUGUACGGUUAUCCAUUUUGUUUGUCUAGUUCGUAGUUAAUGUCCGGUUAUCCAUUUUGUUUGUCUAGUUAGUAGUUAAUGUCCGGUUAUCCAUUUUGUUUGUCUAGUUAGUAGUUAAUGUCCGGUUAUCCAUUUUGUUUGUCUAGUUAGUAGUUAAUGUCCGGUUAUCCAUUUUGUUUGUCUAGUUAGUAGUUAAUGUACGGUUAUCCAUGUCCUACAUAUACAUUAUAGAUUUUUGAUGUUAUAAAACUGUUUUGAUCCCAUCCUAAUUCUUAGUACUCGCUAAUGGUCCUUU